CCUAAAAGAAGCCCCCAAAACCAGAAACCCCCCUUUUUUUCCUCGCUGUGAGAAUCAAGGCAGCCAUGGAAGCAAUACUCACUGACUGCGUACAGAACAGCCUUCGUCAUUUCGUAUACCGAAACGCCAUUUUCAUCUGCGAAGGCCUCGGCGCUGAGUUCCCCUGAGGUUCAUAUUCCUUCUUUUUAUCUUUUUUGCUAUUUUCCACCUACUCUUUUACUUUCUCGCCUCUUUGUUUGGUUCCCGAGAAACCGUGCCAAAAAGAAGAAGCUUAUUUCUUUGAAAUCUUAAUGUUGUAUCUCAUUUGCCAAAGGAGGCAUUGGCGCUUAUAAUCAAAAUUGAUACUUCUCGUUGUCAAAACCUUCAGUUUAAUUUAUUUUCUAUUGAUUCCUUUCUUCUGUGGUUGGUAUUAUGAGAAAUUUGUAGGGAGGGGGGUGAUUUAAGAGAAUGAUGGUUAAGCUCAUUUUGCCAGAUAAUUUACUCCUAGACUUAUGAGUUCCAUUCUGCCCCUCCUGCUCAGGCUUUCUAAAUCACAGCCACCCAAAUUCCUCGCAAAUUUUUCCCAUUUCAAUCAAAGUCUCUCAACUAGUAGCUCCCCUUUUGACACUCAAUUCAAUGCUGAAUCUUCAACAAACCUGGGACCCUAUGAUUCAACUCAAGAUCCAGCAAAAGUCAUAGCGACCCAAUUGUCAAAUUGCAGUAACUUAUCAGAACUGAAUCAAAUUUAUGCACAUAUUCUCCGGACCCAACUCCUAGAUUUGUACCCUGCAUCAUUUCAUUGGAACAACAUUAUAAGAUCAUACACAAGGCGAGAUGCUCCUAGCAAAGCGCUGUGUGUCUACGUUGCCAUGUCACGAGCCGGGGUCUUGCCCGAUUCUUAUACGCUUCCAAUCAUCUUGAAAGCCGUGUGUCAACUUUUUGCCACUGAGAUUGGUCGGCAGCUUCAUUCUGUGGCCAUAAGGGUCGGGUUGGAGUCCAACGAGUACUGUGAGAGUGGGUUCAUCAACCUGUACUCAAAAGCAGGAGAAUUUGAAAAUGCGCAUAAGGUGUUUGAGCAAAACCGUGAGAGAAAGUUGGGUUCUUGGAAUGCAAUCAUAGGAGGCCUUUCUCGAGGUGGCCGUGCCAAAGAGGCGAUAGAAAUGUUCGCGGAACUAAGGAAAUGUGGGUUCCUUCCGGAUGACGUGACUCUGGUUAGUGUAAUAUCGGCUUGUGGAAGUCUUGGGGACUUGGGUUUGGCUCUUCAAUUGCAUAAAUGCGCUUUCCAAGCUAAAUCCAUUGAAAAACCGGACAUUUUGAUGUUGAAUUCGCUUGUAGACAUGUAUGGAAAAUGUGGUCGGAUGGACUUAGCUUACAAAGUAUUUUCGAGGAUGGAGCAAAGAAAUGUAUCGUCUUGGACAUCCAUGAUUGUGGGUUAUGCGAUGCAUGGGCAUGUGGAUGAAGCACUAGAAUGCUUCCAGUGCAUGAGAGAGGCAGGAGUGAUGCCAAACCAUGUGACUUUUGUUGGGGUGCUUAGCGCUUGCGUGCAUGGUGGGACGGUGCAAGAGGGAAAACAUUACUUCCAUACGAUGAAGAAUGUUUAUGGGAUAAUGCCCCAAUUGCAACAUUACGGGUGUAUGGUGGAUUUGCUUGGCCGUGCAGGGUUGUUUGAUGAGGCUAGAGAAAUGAUAGAGGGGAUGCCGAUGAAGGCGAACUCAGUAGUAUGGGGGUGUUUGAUGGGUGCCUGUGAGAAGUAUGGGAAUGUGAAGAUAGGGGAGUGGGUGGCUAAGCACUUGCGAGAAUUGGAACCUUGGAAUGAUGGGGUUUAUGUAGUUUUAUCAAAUAUCUAUGCCAGCAGAGGUUUGUGGAAAGAGGUUGAGAGGGUAAGAGAGGUUAUGAAGCAGAGAAGUCUUGCUAAGAUUCCUGGCUAUAGCUUGGCAACCAGUUCAUAGUGAAACCCAGAAUUUUUGUUUUGUAAAUUGGAGUCUUCCUUACACCUUCCA